UCUGAGUAUGCGCCAUACACAACAGCCGCAGAGCAGUAUCGACAAACGUUCACAUUACAUUUAGACGUAAUAACUAUAGUGUCACUUCUCUUCUUAUAUUUUAAUAAUUAGACCAUUCAAAAUUUAAAUUUCGUUAGUUUUAGUCGUUUAAGUGUUAAGUGUAUUCGAUUAUUUAUUUAUAAUGUAUAGUGCAGUAUCAUUAUACGCAUUCUGAAGCAAUUACGUAAUGGGAAUUAUGCUAGAGAAGUUUAUAGUAUUGCCCUGAAAUUCAACAUGGCCGCUGACACAGGAAUGGAUACUUGUCCCAGUCCGGAAAUCACGGACUCCAGAAAACGACCCCUCGAUGGAGACUCGGAAAAUGGGGACGUCAAGAGGUCGCACUUUAGCUCCGUUCAAGACUUGGUGACGGCCUUGCCACUGGCUAACGGCCAUGGCAAUAUAACGUCUCAUUUCGCCGUGGAGCCGACCUACCACUUCAAGGUGCUGGUGCCUUCGAUAGUGGCCGGCGCUAUCAUCGGCAAAGGUGGCGAGACCAUCGCGCAACUGCAGAAGGAGACUGGGGCUCGAGUCAAGAUGUCCAAAUCUCAUGACUUUUAUCCUGGUACAACGGAGCGGGCCUGUUUGAUCACGGGCUCAGUGGACGGCAUCAUGGUCGUGCUGGACUUCAUCAUGGAGAAGAUAAAGGAAAAACCGGAGCUCGUGAAACCAUUCCCUGAAGGAGUGGAUGCAAAGAUGCCACAAGAUAGAGACAAACAGGUGAAAAUAUUGGUACCGAACUCAACAGCGGGUAUGAUCAUCGGCAAGGGUGGCAACUAUAUCAAGCAAAUCAAAGAACAGAGCGGUAGCUACGUCCAGAUCUCGCAGAAGGCCAAAGAGCUGUCCCUUCAAGAGAGGUGCAUCACUGUAGUUGGUGAAAAGGAGAACAACAAGAAGGCGUGCCUCAUGAUACUCCAGAAGGUGGUGGACGACCCGCAGUCCGGCUCGUGCCCGAACGUGUCGUACGCGGACGUGGCCGGGCCGGUCGCCAACUACAACCCGACCGGCUCGCCCUACGCCGUGCCCACGACCGAGGUGACCGAGAGCCACGGGCUGGUGGGCGGCGGCUCCGUGGGCGGCGUGGGCGGAGUGGGCGGCGUGGGGGGCGUGGGCGGCGUGGGCUCCGUGCUGCUCAACGGCUCGGGGCUGGGCGCGCUGUCGCUGUCGCUGUCGCUGGCGCCGCCGGGCACGCCGCCGCCGUCGCCGCUGACGCAGCACACGCUGGACCACAUCAAGGUGGCGCUGCGGCAGGCCGGCUACUCGGAGGCCGGCACGUCGGAGAUCGGCGCGGCGCUGGCGCUGCUCGUGAAGCACGGCGUGCUCGGCCUCGCGCUGCCCGCCGCGCUGCCGGCGCCGCUGUCCACCGCCUACUUCCCGCUGCAGCCGCAGGACUCGCCCGCCGUGUUCGGCCCGCUCGCGCAGGUGCAGCUCGGUGACGCGUCCGCAGGCGGCGCGCGCGGCGGCUCCUUAGAGCGUUUCGCGGAGGUUGCAUUCGAGGCGCUUCGCCCCCCAGCCGUGGCGCCCAUCUCGCUGUCGGGCGGCGUGGGCUUCCCCUCGGCCGGCCUGCUGCCGCUCUCCAAGAGCCCCACGCCGGCCGACGCGGGGGCCAAGGACUCCAAGAACGUGGAGAUCGCCGAGGUCAUCGUCGGGGCCAUCCUGGGCCCCGGCGGUCGCAGCCUCGUCGAGAUCCAGCAGAUGUCGGGCGCGAACAUCCAAAUCUCCAAGAAGGGGACGUUCGCGCCGGGCACGCGCAACCGCAUCGUCACCAUCACCGGCACGCAGACCGCCAUCAGCAACGCGCAGUACCUCAUCGAGCAGAAGAUCCAGGAGGAGGAGCUGAAGCGCACGCGCCACAACGCCAUCUCGGGCCUCAUGCAGUAGCCGCCCCCCCCCCUCUAGUCACGCGCGCCGCCUGCGCGGUUACCUGGUACAUAGUCUUAUGUAUAUGAUUUUACGCAUGUAUAGAUUUAGUGUUGCAAGUGUUAUUGCUAUAUACGUGUCGGAGUCGAUACCAUUGUGAUAAUCUCC